CGAUUGAAUUUAAUCAGUUUUGAUAUUGUAAUCUCUUAUUCUUAUUACUUAAAAAAAGCGCAGAAUUCCAAUAAAGUUUAAGUUUAUUAAUUGUUUGUAAAACCCAACCGAGCCGAGUUUCAAUUUUCAAAAUACGGGUUAUUACAUUGGCGACGAAGAUGGGAUGAUAUUGUGAAUAAGUAUUUUACAAACAUUAGAAAGGAAAAAAGAAUACAUUUUGAAAAUACGUCAUAAAGUGCAUUAAAUUGCAAGAGUGAAGAAAUAAAUUGCAAAAAGGAGCAAGAAAACAAAGUUGGCAUUGAAUUGCUACAGUUUUUCACUAAAAGUUGUUGAAUUAGUGAAUGGGCAUUAGUUGCGAUAUUGGCAGAAAAUAAAUUGCAUUAAAUUGCGACUGACAUUCACUAGACGUGAAUGAGCAUUAAAUUGCCGAUUAUUUGUUAAGGUGCCAACAAGUUUUAUUGUAGAUGAAAUGUCAGAGGUUUUGAAACCAUUCCUGUGUGAUUCAAUAGACAAGUCGCUGCUACGCAACGAGUGGGAAAAAUGGUUAAGAUCAUUCACUCUGUACCUUGCUGCAGAAGAUAUUACUGAUGAUGGCAAAAAGAGAAAUAAGCUUCUGCACUUGGGGGGACCUCAGUUACAAGAAGUAGUUUUUAAUAUUCCUGGAGCUUUAGUGGAAAGAGAUGAAAAAGGAGAGAUCAAAACAUACGACGUGUUGGUUGAGAAGCUAAAUGAAUAUUUCUCCCCGAAACGCAAUUCGACGUUUGAGCGUCAUUUGUUCCGCAACCUAACACCAAUAGAGGGAGAAAAUUUUAACAAGUUUUUGAUGCGGUUGCGACAACAGGUGGUAAAAUGUUCGUUUGGGAGCACCAAAAAAGAAAUUGAAGAGAUUUCCAUAAAGGAUAAGUUAAUCGAUUCAUGGGCCCCAAUAGACUUAAAAAAAAGGUUGCUGGAGAAAGAACACAAUCUCUCGGAAGUAAUAGAAUCUUGCCAAGUGUACGAGCAAAUAAACAAAAACUGUCGUAGCUUGCUGUGCAAUGUUGAAGUGGAUGCAGUAAACAAGAUCAACACAAAAGGGAAUAUACAAUUAAAUACAUCAAUUGAGUGCGGCCGGUGUGGAAGAAAAGGACAUCAAUCAAAUUCUCUUGAGUGCCCAGCUAAGAAGGCUAAAUGUAAUAAAUGCUCGUUGUUGGGUCAUUUUGCUAUAAAAUGCAAAACAAAGAAACGAAGAUUUGAUAACAACUACAACGAGCCUUACAAAAGGAGCCGUACUAGUUCAAAUGUAAGAUGUAUAGAAGAAGACGGCACGGUUUCCGAGAAUCGCGAAUUUGGAUGUUUUAAAGUUGUGGGUAAUGACCACAACGAAGAGAACAUUUGCUGCACAAUUGGUGGGAAGAACAUUAUGAUGGUCAUAGACUCUGGUUGUAAAUUCAAUCUCAUCAGCGAGAAUGAUUGGAACAUUUUGAAACGUUCAGAUGCCGCAAUUUGGAAUAUACAAACUCACUCUACAAACAAAUUCAAAGCAUAUGCUGCCAACCAUCCAUUGGAAGUUAUUGUGGUGUUUGAUGCUCCUAUAUGUGUGGGUAAUAGAAAUGAAAUAAUAUCUUCUUUCUAUGUAAUCAAAAACGGAAACCAAUCUCUCUUGGGGAGAGAAGCUUCUCUACAAUUAAAAGUUCUGAAGCUAGGAUUAGAUGUUAAUCACAUUGAGGAGAAGAAACAACCUUUUCCAAAGAUACACGGUAUUAAAGUGUCGUUAUCUAUAGACCAUACAGUAAAGCCUGUUCAGCAGCCAGUACGUCGUGUUCCGGUGGCGCUGGAGGAAAAAGUUGCCAAUAAAAUUGACGAGGCUCUACGACUUGAUAUUAUAGAACCAGUCAUUGGUCCCAGUAAAUGGAUUUCCCCGAUAGUAAUAGCAUUUAAAGGAAAUGAUGACAUUCGACUUUGUGUCGACAUGAGAUGCGCCAAUCGGGCGAUUCUUCGUGAAAAUUACCCAUUGCCUACAUUCGAAUCAUUUAUGAGUAGACUAAAAUCCGCUAAAAUCUUCUCGAGAUUGGAUUUAACAUCCGCAUACCAUCAAGUAGAGUUGGAUGAAUCAAGUCGUGAAAUCACAACCUUUGUAACGCAUAAAGGUUUGUACAGAUACAAACGAUUGAUGUUUGGGGUAAACUCAGCUCCUGAAAUUUUCCAAAAAAUUAUGGAAGGGAUGCUUUCGACAUGCCCAAAUGCUCUAAAUUAUAUUGAUGACAUUAUCGUGUUUGGUAACUGCGACGAAGAUCAUGAUACAACUUUGAAGUCUGUCCUUGAAAUUUUAAAGAAAAAUAAUGUUACCUUGAACCAGGAAAAAUGUGUAUGGAAGACUAAAAAGUUAAUGUUCCUGGGACACGUACUUUCAGCAGAGGGAUUCACUGCGGAUCCCGAGAAAGUUAAAGUUAUUCAAGACUUUCGAGCCCCAGAGUCGAAAGAGGAAGUACGCAGUUUCUUGGGCUUGGUAACAUACAUUGGAAAAUUCUUACCAGAUUUAGCAGACAUAACUGAUCCAUUAAGGAUACUUCUUACAAAGAAUGCAAAAUUCGCCUGGAGCCAUAGACAAGAAGAAGCUUUUUGCAAAUUGAAAAAGAUGUUAUCCGAAAUACCAAAUCUUUCAUACUUUGACCCAAAAUUAAGAACGCGGGUAAUAGCAGAUGCAAGCCCGGUGGCUUUAGGAGCUGUACUGUUGCAGUUUGAUGAUGAGGACGAACCACGAAUUAUCUCUUUUGCUAGUAAAAGCUUAUCUUCCACUGAGAAGAGAUAUUCUCAAACCGAAAAAGAGAGUUUGGCUUUAGUUUGGUCUGUAGAAAGGUUCUAUUACUACCUAGCUGGAUUGGAGUUUGAACUUGUAACCGACCACAAACCUUUGGAAAGUAUUUUCAAGCCGACUUCGAAACCUCCUGCUAGAAUUGAGAGAUGGCUACUUCGUCUACAGGCUUUUAAGUUCAAAGUCAUAUAUCGUGCAGGAAAAGAAAAUAUUGCAGACUCCAUAUCCCGAUUGUGUAAACUUUCAGAAGACCACUCCUUCGAUGCAGCUUGCGAAGAUUCAAUUUUCCACGUAUUAGAGAACACAAUUCCAUCCGCUCUUAAUAUUUCCACAAUAAGCAAAGAAAGCGCCAAAGACAUCGACAUCCAAGAGGCUAUUUCGAGUAUGGGGAAUGAAACGUGGGAGUCUAAAUCAUCAAAUCCCUAUUAUGUCUUCCGUUUUGAAUUGUCAGCUAUUGGCCCAAUCUUGUUACGGGGAAGUCGCAUAGUAAUACCAAAAGCGUUACGACCAAGAGUGUUAGAUCUGGCUCAUGAAGGCCACCCGGGUCAGUCCGCAAUGAAACGUCGUCUCCGCUCGAAAGUCUGGUGGCCGCUAAUAGACAGGGAAGCAGAAAACUUUGUGAAAGCUUGUCAUGAUUGUCUUCUUGUUUCACAACCUAAUAAUCCAACACCAAUGCAGAGACAUCCAUUUCCAAAUGGCCCCUGGCAAUGUUUGGCCACGGAUCUUCUCGGGCCGCUGCCUAAUGGCGAACAUGUUCUAGUUUUAAUUGAUUACUACUCUCGGUAUCAGGAAGUCGUAUUCUUAAAGCGUAUAACCUCAGACGCUAUAAUUAAAUCAAUGAAGGAAAUAUUCUCAAAACUUGGAAUACCGAAAUCCAUUAGAACCGACAACGGGAGACAAUAUGUCAGCGACGAAUUCAAAUCCUUCUGUUCAGAAAAUAACAUAUCUCUUAUCAGAACUCCUCCUUAUUGGCCACAGGCAAAUGGUGAAGUGGAAAAUAUGAACAGGUCCUUGGUAAAACGAUUGAAAAUAGCUGCUGCAAACAAACACGAUUAUAAAGAGGAAAUCCAAAAAUUCCUUUUAAUGUAUAAUGUUACGCCACAUGGAACUACGGGCACAGCCCCCAGUGAAUUAAUGUUUAACAGGCGCAUUCGUGAUAAAAUACCUGGUAUUGAGGAUCUAUCUGAGGAAGUGAUUGAUUCGGCUGCUAAAGAUAAUGAUUUGAUCUCAAAACAAAAAGGGAAAGAAAAGGCGGACACUGUAAGAAAUGCAAAGGAAUCUUUCAUCCAAGUAGGGGACAAAGUAUUGUUGAAAAACGUAAUUUUUCCCAAUAAGCUCACUCCAAAUUUUGAUAAAACUGUGUACGAAGUGGUUGAAAGAAAUGGCAGUGAGGUAAAAGUCGUCGGAGGUGGACGAACCUUUGUAAGAAAUAUAAGUAUGGUGAAAAAGAUUCCGGAAGCUCAAUUCCCUCAAUAUUUUCCGGAUCAACAAAAUCCACAUUCUGAACAAUCUCCAAUCAACACGGAACCACUUCCUGACAUUGCAGAACCAGCCCAGCCUGCUACGUGUUCCAGUGCAUCGACCACCAAAAAUCAACCAUCAUUGCCGUCUCUGUCAACACAUACCUCCAGCGGAACUGAUGUCCCUCGUGACCAAGGACCAUUGAAGCUAAGACUGAAAAAGGUGGAAGGGAUGUGGCAACACUGAUUCUGUUAUCGAUAACAUUAGUAAAUCCGAUUGAAUUUAAUCAGUUUUGAUAUUGUAAUCUCUUAUUCUUAUUACUUAAAAAAAGCGCAGAAUUCCAAUAAAGUUUAAGUUUAUUAAUUGUUUGUAAAACCCAA